CACGUAGCCGCCUUGUGGGAGUGACGCGCAGAGACGGCGUAACACAGCGUGACACAAUUGGAAGCUGCUAGAUUAAAAAAAAAAAUAAAGUAACAUGACUGCAGCCAGUGAACCUGCACGAGAAUGGAGUAAUGAACAGCUGCACAGUGAUGAUCUGCCCAAGAAAGACAUCAUAAAAUUCCUACAGGAUAAUGGCUCGGACUCGUUUCUUGCAGAAUAUAAAUUACUUGGAAAUGUUAAGAAUGUAGCUAAAACUGCUAAAAAAGAGCAACUGGCCACUGCCUACAAUAAGCUUUUUGAGACCAAGCGCUUUAAAGGGAGUGAUAGUGUUGAGACGGUGACAAAAGAUGUAAAAGAUGUGAAGAUAAAUGAUGGAAAACCCAAAGAAACUAAGCUGGAAGAGACAGUUGAUGAGGGCCCACCAAAAUACACAAAGAAUAUCCUAAAGAAGGGAGACAAGACUAAUUUCCCAAAGAAAGGAGACACGGUACACUGCUGGUAUAUGGGAACAUUGGAGGAUGGAACUGUGUUUGACUCUAACAUCCAGACUAGUGCAAAGAAGAAAAAAGCUGCCAAACCCUUAAGUUUUAAAGUUGGUGUUGGGAAAGUCAUAAGGGGGUGGGAUGAAGCUCUCCUCACUAUGAGCAAAGGCGAGAAGGCCAAACUGGAAAUUGAGCCAGAAUGGGCCUAUGGGAGAAAAGGCCUGCCAGAUGCCAAAAUCCCACCAAACGCUAAAUUGUUUUUCGAAGUGGAGCUGGUGGACAUCGAUUGAGAAAUUAGACAGACAAAAACUUUUAUUAGAAUUGUUUCCAGCAUCUGUAAAUUGUAAAUAAAAUUCACUCUAACAUGUAAAAAA